GCCCGCGGCGUCACCGGCGUCCAUGAUUGCCGGUUGCGGGGGUCGCGGCCGGACGACCGCAACUAAAACCCUUUUUGUCGAUUUGGCAGGCCGCGAUUGGUCGAUGAGGCGUUCCGGGGGCUCGAUUGCCCCCCGUGGAGGGGCUACGCCCAUCGGUGGAGGGGCGGCGCGCCUACGUCACUCGCACAGUGUAAACGCGGCAAACGGAUGAAUUAAGCCGGGUUUUUCAUGCAGCAGGAGCUUUCAGUGCGGGUGCUGAUAAAACAGAUGUGUUUGUGGCUGGGAGAAGUUCGAAGUGAGGGGUUUAAGCUUUGAGAGGAGGAAUUCGGGAAGUCUGAAGGGGUCUCUGUUCUUUCGUGAAAUUUUGAGAUGUGCUGACGCCAACCACCACAAUGGCUAGAGGAAUUUUUCGCGUUUAUUACACCAGACGGAAUCUCUUAACUAAUGUAGACAAACAAAUCGUGCGAACAUCGAAAUUCCACACCGAAUGCCCCAAAUACAGACGAUGUACUUUGGAGAGGAACUUCUCCACUCAGGGAGAGGCCGUCGAAGGAACCCCUUACAACAAGCUAUCCAUCGGCAUUCCCAAAGAGCUGUGGCAGAACGAAAAACGUGUAGCACUGACUCCAGCAGUCGCUCAAACCCUCUCAAAAAAGGGCUUCACGGUUAACGUCGAGGAGAACGCCGGCUUGGGGGCGAAAUUCAGAAACGAGGACUACGAACAAGCCGGGGGGAAAGUAGUCGACGCUAAAAAGACCUUCGAGUCUGAUAUUAUACUAAAAGUUAGGCAGCCGUUAGACAAUGAAGUUAGCAAAUUUAGAGAAGGUAGCACACUUAUAUCAUUCCUGUACCCCGCCCAGAACAAGAGUCUAGUCGACAAAUUAGCAGAAAGGAAGAUCAACGCUUUUGCAAUGGACUGCAUUCCACGUAUCUCUAGAGCUCAAGUUUUCGACGCUCUGAGCUCCAUGGCCAACGUUUCGGGUUACCGCGCGGUAGUCGAAGCCGCCAACCACUUCCCGAGGUUCUUCUCGGGUCAAAUAACCGCCGCCGGGAAAGUACCCCCCGCCAAAAUCCUGGUAAUCGGGGGCGGCGUGGCGGGCCUCGCCGCCAUCGGUCAAGCCAAAAGCAUGGGAGCCAUCGUGCGAGCGUUCGACACCCGUUCGGUCGUCAAGGAACAAGUGGAAUCAAUGGGGGCCGAAUUCUUAACCAUCGAAAUCGAAGAAGAAGGUGGUACCGCUGGCGGCUACAGCAAAGAGAUGUCGAAGGAGUUCAUCGACGCCGAGCACGCCCUUUUCGCCAAACAAUGCAAAGAAGUGGAUGUCCUCAUCACCACGGCGCUCAUCCCCGGGAAAAAAGCGCCCGUGUUGAUCUUGAAGGAUCACGUACUCUCCAUGAAACCCGGGAGCGUGGUCGUGGAUUUGGCGGCCGAAACUGGAGGAAACGUGGAAACGACGAAACCUGGAGAGGUUUAUGUUUUGAAUGACGUGACCCAUGUGGGUCUCACUGAUUUAUCUAGUCGUCUGCCAACCCAAAGUUCGACUCUGUAUGCCAAUAACGUGUCGAAGUUCCUGUUGUCGAUGGGGGAGAAGAACCACUUUAAUAUUAAUUUGUCGGACGAGGUGAUCCGAGGGAGUAUUAUUCUGGACAAGGGGAAACUGAUGUGGCCACCGCCGGCACCAGUAGGACCUCCGCCUACCACCGCGCCCGCGAAGAAAGUCGAAGCGGCUGUGAAGGAAGUCGCAGUUCAAGACACGCCGCUGAUGGUGACUGUGAAAGAUACGUUGAUGUGUACUGCUGGUAUUGGAUCGAUAUUAGGACUCGGGGUCUUGUCGCCCAAUCCAGCAUUUACUUCCAUGUUAACCACAUUUGGUUUAUCUGGCAUUGUUGGAUACCAUACUGUAUGGGGAGUAACUCCUGCUUUACAUUCUCCUCUUAUGUCCGUAACUAAUGCUAUUUCAGGUAUUACAGCAGUUGGGGGCUUGCUUCUCAUGGGAGGCGGGUACUACCCCACUAACUCCGUUGAGGCGUUAGCUGCUGCUGCAGCCUUUGUCUCGUUUAUAAACGUAUUCGGCGGUUUCGUCGUCACAAAACGCAUGCUGGACAUGUUCAAAAGGCCCGAAGACCCCCCAGAAUACAACGGUCUUUACGCAAUCCCGGCCGCCGGUUUUCUGGGAGGCUACGCCUGGGCGGCUCUCCAAGGCCUACCCGAAAUCCACCAAGCCGCCUACUUAGCCUCAUCCUUACUGUGCGUGGGAGCUCUAGCUGGUCUAAGCUCCCAGAAGACGUCAAGACUGGGCAACAACAUCGGCAUGAUCGGAGUGGCUGGAGGCAUCGCCGCUACUUUAGGCCACAUGGCUCCAGACGUAGACGUUCUAGCCCAAAUGGCGGCAUGCCUAAUCGGCGGCGGUAGCUUGGGCACCCUCAUCGCCAAAAAAAUUCAAAUCACGGACCUGCCGCAACUGGUCGCCGGUUUCCACAGUUUGGUCGGACUGGCGGCUGUGUUGACGUGCACGGCGACUUUCAUCCAUGACUUCCCCAAUUUCGCGACCGACCCAGCUGCCAAUGUUAUCAAGACGGCGCUAUUUCUGGGUACUUACAUCGGAGGGGUGACGUUCAGCGGGUCCUUGAUCGCCUAUGGCAAGCUUCAAGGGGUACUCAAGUCGAAUCCGCUACUUUUACCCGGGAGACACGCACUAAAUUCCGCUCUUUUGCUAGGAAACAUAGGAGCGGGCGCCUAUUUGUUCUACGACCCGACUAUGAUGGGCGGGUUGGGCGCCUUGGGUACCACGGCGGCGUUGUCAACCGCGAUGGGGGUAACACUAACUGCAGCGAUAGGUGGAGCUGACAUGCCCGUAGUCAUCACGGUGUUGAAUAGUUACUCGGGGUGGGCACUAUGUGCUGAAGGUUUCAUGUUGAAUAACAACUUGAUGACGAUUGUUGGGGCGCUGAUUGGAUCGUCGGGAGCCAUUCUGUCGUAUAUCAUGUGCAAAGCGAUGAACAGGUCUCUCCCGAACGUGAUCCUUGGAGGGUAUGGUACCUCGAGUACCGGAACCGGGAAACCAAUGGAAAUCACCGGGACCCACACGGAAAUUAACAUCGAAGGCGCGAUUGAUGCGAUCAGUAACGCAAGGAAUAUCAUCAUCGUUCCGGGUUACGGGUUAUGUGUGGCGAAGGCGCAGUACCCGAUAGCGGAAAUGGUCAACGUUUUGAAGAGUCAAGGGAAACACGUCAGGUUCGCCAUACAUCCAGUCGCUGGUCGUAUGCCUGGACAGCUGAACGUGUUGCUCGCCGAAGCGGGAGUCCCCUACGACGACGUCCUCGAAAUGGACGAAAUCAACGACGACUUCCCCGAAACCGACCUGGUAUUAGUUAUAGGAGCCAACGACACUGUUAACAGCGCGGCCGUCGACGACCCCAACUCUCCGAUCGCGGGCAUGCCGGUGCUCAACGUGUGGAAGUCGGAUCACGUCAUCGUGAUGAAGCGGUCGCUGGGGGUGGGCUACGCCGCCGUCGACAACCCCGUCUUCUACAAAGCCAACACGUCGAUGUUGUUAGGGGAUGCCAAGAAGACGUGCGAACAGCUUCUGGCGAAGGUCAUGGCUGCCAACAAUUAGUCGCAGCCGGCUGACCGUGUGCGUGCAACUCAGGAAAAACGUGUUAUUUUUAAAUUCGCAACGCUUGACGAGUGUUUUCUUUUUCUAAUGUCUUUUACAUACUAGGUUAAGUAACUCAACUCUACUUUAUUUUAAAAACUUAAUUACAAUAUUGUACGAGUUCAUACGGCGCCUUGUUUGCGUUCGUAAUUCUGCAAAGUGUACAUAUUAAAGAAAUAAACUCACUUGUAAUAUA